UCUUCCUCUUCCUCCGAGAGUCUCUCUCUCUCUCUCGCUCGCUCCCGCCUUCCCCGAUUCCUCCGCCGCCGCUGUCGUGGAUAAACAGGGCCGGAAUUGAAGAAGGCAGGAGGAACCCCACCCCCAAAUGGCGACUAGUGCAGCGGCCUGCGCGGAGAGAGCCACGAGCGACGGGUUGGUGGGACCUGACUGGGCUAUCAAUAUCGAGCUCUGCGAUAUCAUCAACAUGGAUCCGCGGCAAGCUAAGGACGCUCUAAAGGUGCUGAAAAAGCGUCUCACCAGCAAAAAUCCGAAAAUACAGAUUCUGGCCCUUUUUGCAUUGGAGGCUCUCAGCAAAAACUGCGGCGAAAAUGUUUUCCAGCUGAUUGUUGAGCGCGACAUCUUGCAUGAUAUGGUCAAAAUAGUGAAAAAAAAGCCUGAUUUGACCGUAAGGGAGAAAAUAUUAAUUCUAAUCGACACAUGGCAGGAAGCAUUUGGUGGACCUAGGGGGAGGUAUCCCCAAUAUUAUACAGCUUAUAAUGAAUUGAGGGCCGCCGGAGUUGAAUUUCCACCGCGAGAAGUAAAUGAUGUUCCCUUGUUCACGCCGCCACAAACUCAACCCGUAUUUCAACAUGCUCCAGAAUUUGAAGAUGCUGCUAUUCAGGCCUCACUUCAAUCUGAUGCUUCUGGUCUUAGCAUGUCAGAGAUACAAAAUGCUCAGGGGUUAGCUGACGUUUUAAUGGAAAUGCUUGGAGCAGUGGAUGCUAAGAAACCUGAGGCUUUGAAGGAUGAAGUGAUUGUUGACCUUGUUGAUCAGUGCCGUUCUUAUCAAAAGCGUGUCAUGCUGCUUGUGAAUGAAACUGCAGAUGAGGGCCUUCUGUGUCAAGGACUGGCGCUAAAUGACAAUUUGCAGCGUGUACUUAGCCGGCAUGAUGACAUUGCUGGAGGAACUUCUAGUGCUGGGGUAGUAUCAAGUGUAACUCCAGUUAUGCCACUGGUAAAUGUAGACCAUGAGGAUGAUGAAUUGGAAGAUGACUUUGCCCAAUUAUCUCACAGGUCAUCAAGGGACAAUGGUAACAACAGGAAACCAGUCAGCACUAAAGCGGAACCUUCUCGACUGAACCCAACUGCUCCUUUACCCUCAUCAAAGAAGCCAAUCUCGGGAGAUUCUGGUACGGUGGACUUUCUCAGUGGUGAUGCUUUUAAAUCUGAAGGCUCCAUCGAUACAUCGCGGCCUUUUCGACCUCCUAAUCAUUCGGACAACAGUUACUCUCCUCCUUCAUAUGGCAAAAGCCCAGAAACUUCACCUAUUUAUGAUCGUCAGCCUGCCUAUGAUGAGCCUCUCCCAUUGAGCAGAUCUGCUGAUCGACUUCCUCCAGCUCCCUGGGAUACGACUCAGUCUCCUGCCGCUAUUCCACCACCACCUUCGCGCCACAAUCAGAGGCAACAAUUUUUUGACCAAAAGCAAGGUUUCCCGGGAAGUUCUCAUUCAAGUAGUGGAUCCGGUUCCUCUUAUGACAGCUUGGUGGCUCACACUCAGAACAUGUCUCUGAAUCCAUCUACCCCAACCAAGGAAGCGAAACAAGAAGAUGCGCUCUUCAAGGAUCUCGUGGAUUUCGCAAAAGCCAAGUCGUCCUCAUCGUCAUCAUCCUCGAAACCUAACAGGUCAUUUUAAGUAGCGAGCAGCGUCAGAUAUUGACGACGUGUCCUGAUACAGGGUUUCAGCUAUUUUUCUGAUUCCUUUCUCAGAUAUAUAUAUGUUAGGUAAAUAAAUUCUUGUGGGGACUUUGGUCAUCAUGGUUUGUGUAUAUGUUUUAGUUGGUUAUUUUGAGGUGGAGCUGCUGUUGCUGUAUGUACCAUUCCGGUGUUAUCAUCAGAGUGUUUAUUGUUUGAUUGUUAGUAGUUCGUGUUUUGACUUUUCUA